AUGGACUACGAAGUCCUGAUCAUCGGCGCAGGAAUCUUCGGCCUCAGUACAGCCUACCAUCUCGCCCAGCGCAGCACAACACCUUCCAGAAUCGCAGUCCUCGAUCGCGCCCCACCACCAUCCACCAACGCCGCAUCGACAGAUCUCAACAAGAUUGUUCGGGCAGAUUACUCGAAUGCUCUCUAUCUAAAGCUUGGACUUGAAGCGAUUGAGGCAUGGAAGACAAACCCUCUAUUCCGACAUGCAGGGGUUUAUCACCAGACGGGGUGGAUUAUGUGUGAUGAGCGCGGGAGUGACCUGGGAUCGCGGAUUCGGAGGAAUUUCGCGGAGGUCGGAUCUGAUCCGAUGCGCAUGUUGAGUGAGGAGGAGGUUCGGAGGAGCUGGGGUGGCGUUUUGCAAGAUGCAGAUCUGUCGCCGUUUGGCCACUUCUAUUUUAACCCGCUUGCUGGGUGGGCGGAUGCUAGCCGUGCCGUUGAGAUUAUGGCAGAGGAGAUUCAGAGGUUGGGGGUCAGGUAUCUUGUUGAUGAAGCAGAGGUGCUUGUGCUCGGCGGGGAGGGUGUUGAGGGUGUGAGGACUAAGUCUGGGAAUGUUUACACAGGCAAGAAAGUCUUGCUUUGUACGGGCGCCUGGACGAGUGCGUUGAUGAGCAGUGUUGAAGAUGCACUGGAUAUCCCCGAUAGUGAUCGGGUCGAAGCCCAGAUGACCGCAGCAGGUGUUUGUGUCGCACAUGUUCAGCUUUCUGAAGAGGAACGUCUGCUAUACGACCAGCUGCCAGUGUACGUCUACGGAGGACAAGGUAGGAGACCUCAUGCCCCCAGUGUCCACUUCGGUAUGAUGCUGAUCGUGAUCACAGGCGAAGUGAUCCCUCCCACUGCGAGUGGCAUACUGAAAUUCACCUACUCGACCUCCUUCCAAAACACAAUCCACACGCCCACGGGACACACCAUUUCCAUCCCACCAAGCGACAGCCAAUCCACUGCCCCGGAGAGCCUCCGCAAUGAAUGCCUUGCAUCCAUCCGACCCCGUCUACCAUCCCUACUCACCCCCGACCACAAGAUCGACUACUACCGACUCUGCUGGGACGCCAUCACCCCCGACCAGCACCCACUAAUCACCGCCCACCCGCACGCCCAGCUAUCAAAUCUCUACCUCGCCGCAGGAGGCUCAUUCCACUGCUGGAAAUUCCUCCCGACAAUUGGACAGUACGUCGCGAACGUACUGGCCGGAACCAGCAACGGAGCCGACCGCGACCAGUGGUGGGCGUGGAAGACACAAGACGAGAACGAGCAGGGCGGGGUGCACGAUAAGCUCCGACCGCACCGAGAAUGGAAUAAUUGGCGUUGA